AUGUCUUCGGCUUCGUUUCCACCACCUGCUCUUGCACAGAUAGCACAGGAAGUUGCGUCGUUGCUGAAGUCCCGGAAGGAAACGCUUUCCGUGGCCGAGACAGCGGCGGGCGGGUUGGUCAGCGCGGCGAUACUGGCGACGCCGGGAGCGAGUCAAGUGUUCAGAGGAGGGUUGACUCUGUAUACGCUCGAAUCGCGAAUCGCUUUCGCAGGCUGGACACAGGAUGAUGUCAAGAAGUAUGGUGGACCAACACCUGAGAGUGGCACGGCAGGACCUACAGCGUCCGGCAAGACUCAAAAUCGGCAACCAGGCUACGUAGCGCUAGCAGUAUCCGGAGGCCCAAAAGGUACCGUCUCCAAGGAUCUCAACACAGACUGCGGCAAUGAUCGCACGAAGAACAUGGUCGCAUUUGCAGUCGAGGCUCUGAAGCUGGUCAAGGAGGUCAUAUCUGGUGAUGAGGCAAAGAUCUGA